GCCUUAUUUUGAGUAUUUAGUAUUUAUUUUUCAGCAACAGUAAUCUUGCUCAGGUAAUUUGAUUUCCUGAGAAUACACAAGACGUGGUUACAGAUGGAUCAUCAGUAGUACUUUAAAAAUAUACAGGCUAGUGGUACAGGAUCAAGUCCAUAUGGAGGCUGAAUCUCCUGUUUCCCAUGGAGUCACUGGCAAGGUGAUACAUGCUACUUUCUUAUCAGCCCUGAAGAUGUUGGAUGUUGGAAAAUGGCCAAUUUUUGCUCUCUGCUCUCAAGAAGAACUGAAGUUAAUUCGUCAAGCCUGUGUAUUUGGCAGUGCUGGUAAUGAAGUGUUGUAUGCAACUGAAAAUGAUGAGGUGUUUGUGCUUGGCACCAACUGCAGUGGCUGUUUGGGAACAGGCGACAUUCAGAGCACUAUUGAACCACAGAGAUUAGAUACUUUAUGUGGCAAAAAGAUAGCCUGUCUGAGCUAUGGAAGUGGUCCCCAUGUUGUUGUUACUACUGCAGAAGGAGAAGUGUACACAUGGGGCCAUAAUGCUUAUAGUCAACUGGGCAAUGGUACAACAAAUCAUGGUUUAGUUCCCUGUCAAGUCUCUACUAACUUGGUAAACAAGAAAGUAAUUGAAGUUGCCUGUGGCUCCCACCAUUCCAUGGUGUUAACAUCUGAUGGAGAGGUGUAUGCAUGGGGUUAUAAUAAUUCAGGACAGGUUGGAUCUGGUUCAACAGCUAAUCAGCCAAUUCCUCGAAGAGUUACCAGCUGCCUACAAAAUAAGAUAGCUGUUAAUAUAGCUUGUGGACAGAUGUGCUCAAUGGCUGUUGUAGAAAAUGGGGAGGUCUAUGUCUGGGGUUACAAUGGUAAUGGCCAGCUUGGAUUGGGCAGCAGUGGUAAUCAGCCAACACCCUGUAGAAUAGCUGCUUUGCAAGGCAUUCGUGUGCAGCGGGUUGCCUGUGGCUAUGCACAUACAUUAGUGCUAACAGAUGAAGGUCAGCUGUAUGCAUGGGGAGCCAAUUCGUAUGGUCAGUUAGGCACUGGCAAUAAAAGUAAUCAGUCUUACCCUGCACCAGUUACUGUUGAUAAGGACAGAGUUAUAGAAAUUGCAGCCUGCCAUUCUGCUCACACUUCUGCUGCUAAAACCCAGGGUGGUCAUGUGUAUAUGUGGGGUCAGUGCCGUGGCCAGUCUGUGAUUCUUCCACACCUUACACACUUUGCCUGCACAGAUGAUGUGUUUGCUUGUUUUGCUACUCCUGCUGUGACAUGGCGUCUCCUAUCAGUAGAACCUGAUGACCACCUAACAGUAGCCCAAUCACUGAAGAAGGAAUUUGACAACCCUGACACUGCAGACUUGAAGUUUCUAGUGGAUGGAAAAUAUAUUCAUGUUCAUAAAGUCCUUCUCAAAAUUAGGUGUGAGCAUUUUCGUUCCAUAUUAAAUAACAAUGAUGAUGAUAUUAUAGAAAUGAGUGAAUUCUCUUAUCAAGUUUACCGAGCCUUCCUGGAAUAUCUGUACACAGACAGCAUCAGUCUCCCUCCUGAGGAUGCAAUAGGACUGCUAGAUUUGGCAACAUUCUAUAGAGAAAAUAGAUUGAAAAAGCUUUGCCAGCAAACUAUCAAACAAAGCAUUUGUGAGGAGAAUGCAAUUGCUCUUCUUUCAGCUGCAGUCAAAUAUGAAGCUGAGGACUUAGAAGAAUUUUGCUUCAGGUUUUGUAUAAACCACUUGACUGUGGUUACACAAACGACAGGCUUUGCAGAAAUGGACCAUGACCUCUUGAAGAAUUUCAUUAGCAAAGCAAGCAGAGUAGGAGCAUUUAAAAACUGAAGAAUGCUUGCUGCAAAGGAAGAUACUUUCAUCAUGGGAACACUUCCCCUUUGAAAAACUUAUCAGCACUCAGAAUGCCUGAAAGAAAACAGGACAACAUCCAGUAAAGUCAGUGUCACUGUUGAUGGGCGGAUUUAGUAAGCUUCCAGUUAGCCUAAUGCACAAGCUUUGUGCAGACGGGUAUGGUAUAGAUAAACAAUAGAUAUAAACAAUCUGCCAACAACUUAGGUUUAAAAAAAAAAAUCCUAAUGGAAUAAUUAAGUUUUCCGUUAAAAUCAAGUGGACUGGUCACUGUUUUCCAUUUGUAUUCCUUGUUUUCUUCCUUGAAAUAUUUUCAAAAACAGUUCUUUAACAUCUUCAUCUGAGUUUACUGGAUAGCAUGAAGCUGGCUGUUGCUAAAGCUUCAUUAUGACACCUUUAAGGUCAAUCAAAGUGUGCCACAAGAAGGUUCCUUUCUGGUUAAUUUCUCACACCCUCUAGAGAAGUGUUGAGAUAGACGCUUGUUUUGCUAAAGAUAGGAUAAAGGAAUAUAUCAUACAAAUCCCUCUUAAACGAGCCCCUAAUGUAAAGAAAAAGCCACUGAAUGGAUACUUUGUAAAUUAGGAGCAGCAAAGGCUCAAGAGAAGACUAUGCUGAAUUUAUUUAAGUAUGAAGGACUUAUUUUAAAGGGCUAGUUUUGAGUUCUUGGCUCUUAAAGUCAUUUUCUCAGACGAAAAAGAAUUGGUUAUUUUUCCCAGGGACUUUACCUCACCUUUCCAGUGGAACAGUAACUUCUAAUUGGUUUUGUCACAUAAUGAGUUAUUUCACUGUUAGUUUUGCUGCUCAGAAACACACCUCUUCACCUGCCAUGAAAAAGAAACUCAACAAAAAGGAAUUAUCAGUUGACUUUUCUACUGGUAUUUACAGAUAAGACAGGUACUUGACAUGAAUUAUGUGUGGGGGAGGAGAGAUAGGGAAAGUUAUAAAUCAAUUCAAUGAUGAAAUCAUGAAAAUUAAACUCAAAGUCUUUUCAAGUGGUAACCAGGUGCCAUUCAAACACUUGCUAAAGCAAUAGGUGGAGGAGGUUUCAGUAUGCUAAUGCUUGCGUGGAAAGACUUUUGCACUGUGGUACAGGAUACUGAGAUUAUAAAAUGUUUAUCAGUUUUGGUUUCUGUUAUGAUACAGAAGAUUAAUUUGCGUGUAAAUUACUUAAUCUAAUUUCUGUUAAAAGAAUAGGUGAACUGGCUUUAAAAACUGAUGAGCCAGUGGUUAGGACACGACCCUAGCCUUGCUCUGUCAUAGACAUCCUGUGUGCCCUUGGGCACGUCUACACAGCAGCUGGGAGAUGUAAUUCCUAGUUCUGGUUCCAUACAGCUGCUAGCUCUGCUCCAGUUAGCACCUAAAAAUUGCAGUGUGACCAUCCUGGUGUUACCCCAAAAACAGACCCACGGUACCACCAGAAUAGCUUAUCUAUUGCCCCCUCCUGGGUUUAGCAGAGGUUCCCUUCCAGGUAGCCUCCUAAUUUAUUACUCUGUUUCUGCAGGGUGAAAGGGGACCUGUCCUAGAGGAAUUACUCAGGUUUACUAACAGUUCCUUUUUAAAAAAACUCCCCAGAAUAUCUUAGACCAGUUACCCUUGGGAGGACUUGGAUACAGCCUUCCAAUAGAAUUGCUAGAUACACAGGCAGUACUUUUCCAAAACAAAGUAUCUUUUAUUACAGUAGCACACUGAUGAUCCCUGGCUACAAUGUAAUCUAAGCAUAAAGCUCUAGAAAUAAAUCCCUUAACACAAUUUCUUAAUACAGAUUUAAAAAUAUCCCAACUGCAAUGUCAUACAAUUAGAACAGUAUUAAGUGUUGCACUCUGCAUACGGUGCAGUCGCUGACAGCAAUCUUAAAUCUUCACCUUUAUACAUCUAAAACAAUGUAACAUUCAUAACACACACCUUUAUUAACCCAGACAAACAUACACAGGCUCAUGAAUACUAUUUCUGUUCUGUAUUUGCACUAUACCUAGCACUCUUACUCGCUGUAGGCAUCUUUCCCUCUGCUCUCUCAGGGUCCAUUCUGUUCUAUAGUGCUGCCAAUAUAGUUACAGGGAUAGCUCAGUGGUUUGAGUAUUGGCCUGCUAAACCCCGGGUUGUGAGUUCAACCCUUGAGAGGGCAACUUAGGGAUCGGGGGCAAAAUCAGUACUUGGUCCUGCCUAGUGAAGGCAGGGGGCUGGACUUGAUGACCUUUCAGGGUUCCUUCCAGUUAUAAGAGAUAGGAUAUCUCCAUUUAUUAUUAUAAUUCUUCCCCAAUUUUUAGCUAAUGGUGGCAAAGUGAUGUUUUUAGUGCUGUGCUUAGGAAACAGAAGAGAGCUGCUCAAAAACCUCUAGUAUCACUGGAAUGAGCAGUGGCUUGGGCUAGUCAGCUGAGAAUAAGCCUACCCAUGCCCCUGGGUAUGUACUUGGCUAGCUAGUCUGAGCUGCUGUGGCCACAGUUAUUUUUAGGCACUAGCUCACGCAGAGCAUGUACAGCUACUCAAGCUGGAAAUAACAUCUCCCAGCUGCUGGGUUCAGGUACCCUUAGUCUAUGUCUCAGUUCUGUCUCUGUCAAAAGGGGAUAAUAGCACUUCCCUACCUCGAUUUCCUGUGAAAUGAAAAUUUGGGCAUCUGCACUCUACUAAAUAGCCUGCAUUCAGCGACUAAGGACACAAGGAUGCAUUUGUAGAUGAGGCUGACAGGAAAACCAAUUCUUAGCAUAUCUAUCACCCUUCAGUCUCUUCGCCAUGAGCAUUAUUUCAGUUCAUGCUGUGCACACCAAAGCUUGGGCUGGUUUUUUUCAGGCAGCUUUUUAUUUUUGUAGUAGUAACCAUGUGGGACUAACUCUUUGAGAGAACUUCUCUUCAGUGAUGUCUGUUUUGAGGAUAAAAUGCAGACAUCUUGGUUUGUUCAUUCAAUGAGGAUUUUAUGCAUUUAAUUCUUGACCCGGACAAUUUAAUAGUAUAUUUAUACACUGCUAUAGGCACAUGUAGUAAAAAUAUAUUUAUUUAGCUUUCAUUCACAUUACUCAUUAAACAGCAACAGAAGAUACUUUCCUUUGCACUUAAAGGUCCAGCCUUCAGAAGUGCACUGACUUGAUGGUUGGAAACCAAAAUGCGUGUGUUUAUACAGGUGCAUGCUUGAACAGCAAUGUGAGUACACUAAAUCCAGCCUGGGCGGUAACGGUUUUAUAUUUUUUUGUUUUUGACAAUUGAGGAUGCUGCCACGACCACUCCUCUUGAUCUUGGAAUUGGAUCCAUUGUUAGCCAGUAUUAAAUGCGUUUCCGGAGACUCCAGUUCAGACAGCAAUGAAAAAAUAUUUGUAGACAUUUGGGACUGUAAUCCUAGACAGGUGAGGUAUUCAUUCGAAAACUUGACUGAUGGCCUAAAAUAUCCUUGGACAGCUGAAUAAGAGACUCCUCCAACUAACCACUGGGGAAAACAGGUAAAUAAAUAUUUCUUGAAUUAAAUGGAACUUAAAAGGAAUAAAAUAAACUACUAAAAUAAAGGGGCUGUCACAGUGAUUGAUGUUAGUAGGUUCAGCCUCAUGGUAUUUUCUAGGACCCACCUUUAGAAUGAUGGAGCUUUAUUACAAAGCAUGUUCACUGUGUAAAUUGCUGUAGUAUAUAAAUGCUUUUUAUAUAAGAUGAAGAUAAUUGUUUCCUUGGGAUUAUUUUGUAAAAUAAAACCUUUAUCCAUUAGCAUGACAAAUUUUGCUUGACCUCUAAGGAUAUAUAAUGUUUGUAGCCCUACCAUAAUAAAAUAUCCAGCCAACUUCAGAUUUCUGUAAAAACUCAUAUGGCUUAAUAGACAACUAAUAAAACAGUUAUAUUUAA